AUGGCCGACAGUGAUGACAAAUCCAAGAAACGUCGCAAGAGAAUAAAGGUGCGUGCUCAUAAGCGUCCUUGCUACACCAUUGUUGAGUCUCCGGCGCAUUCUCAUGAGUCGGCACCCUCAGAUACACCAAUUCCACCGGUGAUUCAGGUUGACACCCACCGCUCUUCGUUUGUCACAUCACCUGGCAGCCCGUCCUCUGGUACUUCUCGGCCAAAGACCGAAGAAGGUGUUCAUAUGUCUGAGCCCCCUAAGUCCCCACCGGUGGUUGUCACUAAGACCACUCUGGUGGAGCCAGUUUCGUCGCUCUUACACCAUCAUCGCGCUCGAGAAGCCGCCGGUGAUGAAGACAUGGCGAAGCCGCGGAUUGCACCAUCAGCACGCUCGAUUUCUCUUCAGCAGCAGGUUGUCGAGAAGCCGCGAACAAAAAAAAAAAAAUCUCAUCAUAUAAACAUGUAG